CGCCCCACGUGACUCCGCACCCGGAAGCGGCGCGGAGCGGCCGCCGGUGCCACCCCCGGUACCGCUCCCGUUCCCGUCAUGUGAAGCGGCGGGACGGGCUCCCGCAGGUCACGAUGGAGCCCACGGCCUCGCAGGUGUUCUGCGGGAGAGUGCUGGGCAUGGUCAACGCCGAGGAUGUCAACGCCAUCAUCCUGGCCCAGAAAAACAUGUUGGAUCGGUUUGAGAAGACCAACGAGAUGCUGCUCAACUUCAACAACCUGUCCAGUGUCCGCAUGCAGCAGAUGAACGAGCGCUUCCUGCACCACACCAGGACCCUGGUGGAGAUGAAGAAGGACCUGGACAGCAUCUUCCGGAGGAUCCGGACACUCAAAGGGAAGUUGGCAAAGCAGUACCCAGAGGCUUUCAGCAACAUCCACGAAUCCCCCAUCCUGGAGGACGACGACGACUUCGACCCCGUCCCCAAGAGCACCACAACCACCAUCGCUACCUCUGAGCAGAGCACCGAGUCCUGUGACACCAGCCCCGACGUCAUCUCCCCCACCACCAGCCAGGAUUUCGAGGAUUUAUCCCAAGGCCAGUACGACGGCCCAGCCAUGAACGGACAGAGUCUCACAGAUGAGGACACGGCCAACGGCCUGGACUAGGAGUCACGUCCUGCCCCUGGAGAACUUUCUAUCCUGUAUUUAUAUUUGUGUGUCGCUCUAUUUUUUUUUUUUUUUUUUUCCUCGGGAAGAGGGAAGCGAAGGCUGGGAGAAGCUGAGGGAGGAAGGUGCUGCCCUUCUGCCUCCACACUGCCACUGAGGUGUAAGCUCACCGCUCGCUUCAGGGGGAAUCAGUAAAUCCUGGGUUGGAAA